UUUGAAAGCGGAUCCUGAAAUGCAGAAAGAGCACCAGAGAAAUGCCAGCAUGUGGCAACAAAUUAAAGCACUCUUAUUGAAAAAUAUAAUUGUGAAAUGGAGGAUGAAAACACAAAGUUUCCAGGAAUGGUUUUCAUCGCUUUUUCUUCUUUUAAAUAUAUUAAUGAUGGUAUUUAUCUUUGCCAUGGAGUCAGUUGAUGAAAUACCUCAGGGAGACCUUGGACAACUAGAUGAUCUCACCUUCAAUGUUACUGAAUUUAAAAUUGCUUAUACUCCAGGAACAAAAACAGCAAGAGAGAUAAUGGAGAAAGUAGAAAAAUUCUCUGUCAUUAAAGGUAUAAGAACUGAACUCAUGGAAGAUGAAAAAGCAAUAGAAGAAGCACAUAAGAAGGAUGAAGUCAUCAUUGGUGUUAUAUUUCAGGAUAACUUUUCCUAUAGACUCCGAUUUCCUUCAAGGGAUGUAACUUCUCCAAAUGACUACAUUGGAGGCGUAGAUGCAUGUUACAACUACUCAUCCGAGUACUGUUUUAAUCCAAAAUACUGGUACAAAGGAUUCCUGUCAUUGCAGACUAGCAUUGAUGCUGCUCUUAUAGAACUGAUCACUGGUCAUUCUGUAUGGGACGAAAUGAAGUCAAUUCAUGGCAUCCGUAUGAGAUCACCUUCAGUUUCAUCAGCCCAUAACAUCGAAUACGGUUUUACCAUUCUGUUUUUACCUAUGUGCUUUUCUCCAUUUAUAUACUUCUUGUCACAAAAUGUUUCAAGAGAAAAAAGGAAGCAAAAAGAACUGUUGAAGAUGAUGGGAGUGCGAGAUAUGGCAUUCUGGCUUUCCUGGAGCUUGCUGUAUGCAGUGUAUAUCCUGAUCCUGUCCAUUUUGGCAACACCUGUUAUCAUCUAUCAAAUUCUUCCUACAAGCAGCUUCUUUGCCAUAUUAUUCCUGUUAUUUCUUUAUGGUAUUGCAUCUAUCCAUUUAUGUUUCAUGCUUAGUUCUCUUCUGAAGAAGGCAAAAGCCACCAGCUCUGCUGUCUUUGUCCUGACUUUCUUUUUUGGAGCCCUCAGUGUUAUCACACUGAUAUUUAGAAUGCCUGCUCCUUUGGAAUGGAUGUUGAGCCUCUUCUGCCCUUUUGCUUUUGGUGCUGAAAUUUCAAAGGUUGUCAUGCGUCAAAAAUAUGGAAAAGCCUUAUAUUUGACUAACAUAGUGGAGGACUCAUGUUUUUAUAUCCUGAUUAUUGAUAGUAUUUUAUACAUGCUGCUGGCUCUCUAUUUUGACAAAGUCAUUCCUGACAAAUAUGGAGUGCCAUAUCCACCAUUAUUCUGCCUAAAGAAGUCCUACUGGUUUAAAUCAAGAAGCGGCUAUAUUCACGAACAAAGUCAUAGCAAUAUCUUCAGUGAUAUUGUUGAACCUGUAUCUCCUGAAUUUGAUGGGAAAGAAUCCAUCAGAAUCAAUAAUAUUAAAAAAACAUAUAAUGUGAAGAACACGAAAACAGAAGCUUUGAGAGGAUUGUCCUUGAAUAUUUAUGAAGGUCAGAUCACUGCUAUUCUUGGUCAUAGUGGGGCUGGAAAAACGACACUACUAAAUAUUCUCAGCGGGCUUUCCAACCCAUCUGCUGGUUCUGCCACUAUAUUUAACUACAAUAUAAACAAAAGGGAAGAUAUGGAGGAAAUAAGGAAGAUAAGUGGUGUUUGUCCACAAUUCAAUGUUCAAUUUGAAUUUUUGACAGUGAAAGAAAAUUUAAAGACCUUUGCUAAAUUAAAGGGAGUUCCAUCCAAUGAUAUAGAAAAGGAGGUGCAAAAAUUAUUGACCCUAUUGGAUAUGAAUGCCAUUCAAGACUCCCAAGCUAAUUGUUUAAGUGGUGGACAGAAACGAAAAUUAUCACUGGGAAUUACUUUGUUAGGAGAACCAAAGCUCCUGCUACUAGAUGAGCCAACUACAGGAAUGGAUCCUUACUCUAGACAACUAGUAUGGUCUCUACUGAAUGAGCACAAAGCAGAUCGCAUAACUCUGUUUACUACACAGUUCAUGGAUGAAGCUGAUAUUCUUGCUGACCGAAAAGCUUUCAUCUCACAUGGCAGGCUGAAAUGCAUUGGUUCAUCAUUGUUCCUGAAGAAAAAGUGGGGCGUUGGCUAUCACUUAAGAAUGCAAGUAAAUGAGUUUUGUGACUCUGAAAAAGUGAUGUCCCAUGUCAAACAACGCAUUCCUGCUGCCAGAUUAUCAAGACACCAUGAAAGUGAGCUGAUUUAUACUCUGCCCUUGGAAAAUGUGGACAAAUUUCCAGAUCUGUUUUGUGACUUGGACCAUGAAACAGAUCUAGGGAUUGUUAAUUAUGGAGUUACUAUAACAACUUUGGAAGAUGUCUUCUUGAAGCUGGAGGAUAAUGAAACACCUGAAGAAGAUUAUGGAGUAUUUCAAAGAGAGCAAGCGGAAGAGGAAAGAUGCAGUGCAGAUGAAAUGGAACAAAAUCUGCUAUUGCUCUCUGAUGCAGGAAAGUCUACAGUAAGUGGCACAGAGCUCUGGAAACAACAAGUGUGUGCCAUAGCAAGAAUGCACUUCUUACAGCUCAAGCGUGAGAGCAAAUUCUGGAGGGCCAUGUUUCUCCUUUCUGGAAUUGUACUCAUUCCUUUUUUGAUACAACUGACAGUAUUUCUUUUGUGGAAGGAUGUACAUAAUAUACAGUUGUAUUCUGGCCUUUAUUUUGAGCCAGAAACUAAGUUUGAGACAGGAUUCUCUGGGCUUCUGAUUCUUAAUGAUACAGGUGCAAGUAUUGAUAAUUUUAUCCAGGCCGUGAAGAGUCAGAAUAUCUUUGCAGAAACAGCUGCUGUUAGUAAUGUUGGUGAUCAGCUAAUACACAAUGGAGCUAUAAAAGUGGCCCUGGAAAAGGAGAAAUACAGGUUCUCUCUUAUGUGUCAUAUGGAAGUAAAUAACUGCUUUCCAGUGCUUGUCAACAUAAUCAGCAAUGCAUUUUUGCAUAUGUUCAAUUCUACUUCUCAUAUUCAAAUCUGGAAUCACAUGUUUUAUUAUACUGGUGUCACUGACCUGUGGUUUUACUUUGCUGAACCAAGCUUGUUGGGAAUUCUGCUUUUAUUUCCUGCUUUUGCACCACACUUUGCAAUGAACAGCGUUCAUGACUACAAGUUAAAAAUUCACUCCCAGCUACGAGUCUCAGGACUCUUUUCUUCAGCAUAUUGGUGCGGACAAGCUCUAGUGGAUAUUCCACUGUAUUGGAUUAUACUCUUUAUAAUGUUUGGAAUAGAGUGGGUUCAUGUCAUACUCAGUGAGAGCAUGUACAAGACAUUCAUCAUUUUUUGCAUUGUGGUAUUUCUGCUCAACUAUGGCAUGUCAGUUGUCUUGUUACUGUAUGUAGUUGCAUUCAUAUUUCGCAAAGGACAAUAUACAAGCAGUUUCUGGUCUUUCACCUUUAUUUUGAUGAUCAUGAUUUUCAUGGUUGCCAGUGCUUUCGUUAAUGGAAUUGAAGCGAUCUUUGCCAUCUAUGUGAUGACAUUUUUGUUUCCUAUGUAUCCAACAUUAACCUUCACAUUUUCUUUUAUAUCGCCUUUAUUUCAAAGCAUAGUUCUCAUAUUUUUAUUGCAUCACCUGGAGAGGAAAUACGGCAACCAAUUUAUGAGAAGAGAUCCUGUCUUUAGGACUUCUCCACAGAGAAAGAACAUCAAGAAGAAUCCUGAAGAACCCAGUGAAGAUGAAGAUGCAGAUGUUCAAGAUGAAAGAGCAAGAGUUCAAAAUGCACUGUCUUCAGCAGACCAGGAAGAGAAACCAGUUAUCAUUGCCCAGAACCUGCGCAAGGAAUACAGAAGCAGAAAGGCUUGUUCCUGUUGCAAGAAGAACAAUGAGAAAAGGAAAGUAGCCACCAGAAAUGUCUCUUUUUGUGUUAAAAAAGGAGAAGUUUGGGGGCUACUGGGUCCCAAUGGGGCUGGUAAAAGUACAACAAUUAGUAUGAUAACAGGAGACACAGAACUAACUGCUGGACAGGUGCUGAUAAAAAAGGACAGUGCAGUUAUAUCACAUGCAACAGGGUUUCUUGGCUACUGUCCUCAGGAGAAUGCCCUUUGGUCCAACCUGUCCAUGAAAGAACAUCUGGAGAUUUAUGCUGCUGUGAAAGGGAUAAGGAAAGAUGAUGCUGCAGCUGCUAUCCAUAGAAUUGCACAAGCUCUUGAACUUCAAGAGCAUUUGAAAAAGGCGAGCAAGACACUAGCUGCUGGAUUAAGCAGGAAAUUAUGCUUUGCUCUAAGUGUGCUGGGUAAUCCAACUGUGAUGCUAUUAGAUGAACCAACUACAGGAAUGGAUCCCAGAGGAAAACGUCAGGUGUGGAAAGUAAUUCGUGCUUUACUAAAGGGAAAAGACCAAGGAGCCAUUUUGACAACUCACAAUAUGGAAGAAGCUGAGGCUAUGUGUGAUCGAGUAGCUAUCAUGGUGUCUGGACUGCUCAGGUGCCUUGGUUCUAUUCAGUAUCUGAAAAGCAAAUUUGGCAAAAAUUAUUUGCUGCAAAUAAAAGUAAAGGGAGUAGAGGAAGGUGAGCUUGUGAAUACUGAAAUUCUGAAGAUCUUCCCACAUGCAGCUCGCCAGGAAAGGAUAUCCACUUUGUUAGUCUACAAAAUACCAAUGGAGGAUGCACUGCCCCUGUCAAAAUCCUUCUCCAUGCUAGAGAAAGCAAAAAGAAUAUUCAAUCUGGAGGAGUACAGCUUUUCUCUGAACACUUUGGAACAGGUUUUUCUUGAACUCUGCAAAGAACAAGAGCGAGAUUGUUUUGAUGCGGCUCUGGAUUCAGCUUUUGAAUGGAAACAACUGCAGCAGGAUGAUUUCUAAACUGCUGUUGGCUUAGUCCAAACAUUUACUCUGCUGAUCCCUUAAGGAUGUGAGGCAGAAGGAACAGCAUAUAAUGUCUCUGUCUCAUUUGUUAUGUGCAACUAUUUGAAACAAAAUACCAUAUACCUGCAGUUAGAACCUUUUUACAUAUUGUUUAUAUAAAUAUUUUAAAGGGUUGCCACUGGAUUCUUUAGAUGUACUUAUGUAUUUACUCAAAUGGUAGAGUUGCAUGCCUGUAAGAUGGGAGUCCUCAUAACACAAGAACCUGAAGUUUACAUAUCUCUCUGUGUGCCCAUGUGAUUAAUACCUAUAGUAAAGAUAGGGAGAUUAAAGCUAGGGACAAAGAAAAAGUAUACUAUUUGAAUAAGGUUUGUGUGAACUGUAUAAAUUAGGUGGAAUACUAAAGGUAUAUAGUUUUUUAUGAUUUUUACAUAUUUGUCUGAAAAUUCUGUAUUUGCAUACUUGUGUAAAACUGCCAUAGUGACGCAGGCUUUUACUUUGAAAGGCAUUCCAUCCAGGGGUCGUUUUGUAGAAAAUUAGGUGGUGGAGCUCAACCAGGGAUUGUUAUGCAGCUGCACCUACUAUUCAAUGGACAAGGAGGUGGAACUCUCAGAAGGAGGAGCAGUAACUCUCAGAAAGCUUCAGGAGCUGUGCUCCUGUGAGCUCCCACUGAAUCUGAGACCUGAUUCCAUCAAGGGACACAGUUCUUGUUACAGUUGAAUUUCCAUUUCUGGAAAUUAAAAGGCUGUAAGUUAAGUCAG